UUCAGAAUUAGAUCAAGUAGAUUGCUCUUGGAACAUAACAGUGGAUGACUGGAGGCAUGCCAAAUCUAUUGUUGGUCCUAGUAUAACAAGAGGUGUAGUUGUGGAAAUUCCAAAGGUUUCUUGGGAGGAUAUUGGAGGACUACAAGGCAUAAAGAAAAAGCUACAGCAAGCUGUAGAGUGGCCGUUAAGGCAUUCUGAAGCAUUUGCGCGGUUGGGAGUAUCACCUCUUCAUGGCAUCCUUCUUCAUGGACCUCCAGGGUGCUCUAAAACCACCCUUGCAAAAGCUGCUGCUCAUGCUGCACAGGCUUCCUUUUUUUCGUUGAGUGGUGCAGAAUUGUAUUCGAUGUAUGUCGGUGAAGGUGAAGCUUUGUUGCGCAAUACAUUUCGAAGAGCUCGACUUGCAGCACCAAGCAUUAUUUUCUUUGAUGAAGCUGAUGUCAUUGCUGCCAAACGUGGUGGAAGUUCUAGCGGAAGCAGCCUUGUUGGGGAGAGACUUCUGUCUACUCUUUUGACUGAAAUGGAUGGCCUGGAGCAAAUGAAGGGGAUUCUUGUUUUAGCUGCAACCAAUCGCCCUCAGGCAAUUGAUGCUGCACUUAUGCGACCUGGGCGCUUCGAUCUGGUUCUCUAUGUGCCGCCACCAGAUUUAGAAGCUCGAUGUGAGAUCCUUCGUGUGCAUACACGUAACAUGAAGUUAGAUGCCGAUGUUGACAUUAGGCAAGUAGCUGAGAAUACGGAUCUCUACACAGGGGCAGAGUUGGAAGGGCUGUGCAGAGAAGCCGGAAUUGUUGCUUUAAGAGAAGAUAUUUCAGCCACUGUUGUGUGUGAUCGACACUUCCAAACCGUCAGGCAGUCACUAAAGCCAGCGCUCACCCAGGGAGAAAUUGAAUCAUAUUCCUCCUUUAUGAAGAAGGAGAAGGAGAAGAACCCAUCUCUCUGUUCUUCUAGUACACUUGAAUCCUCCAGCUACAAUCAGAGCAGCAAGACAAGUCGGCAUCUUUUGAUGAGUCCUGCUCUUAGAAUCUGUAUUUUUAGUGUAGUUUUGUAUGCUGCUGCAAUUUAUGCGUUCACACCGGCCGUUCUAUUGUCUAAAGAACUAAGAAGUACUUAGAAUUUCAUUGUGUUUGUGUUGCUUAGUUCUGAACAAAUAUUAUGUACGGUACUAUAUUAUAUCUAAAAAAGGUAAAUCAUUCGUUUCAGU